UUUCAAAAUGUCAAAAAUUUAGAGUACCUUUAGUAUUUCGAGGUUGUUAGAUUUUAUAAAAUAAUAAAAGUUUGCGGGUACUAAACUUAAAUUUGUGUGUUUAUGAUUAAAGAUAAUGGGAAGAACAAUAAUACUGUAAAUAAACAUACCAGUGAAAAUUCCGUGAACAAAAACUUUGUGAUGGAUAACGUAACUGAAAAAUUAGUGCAAUGUUUUGGUCACCGAAAGUUCAAAAGCGAACUUCAAGAAAGGGCUGUGAGAGCAAUUGCAAGAGGUGUUCAUGAUGUAUAUAUUUCAAUGCCUACAGGCUCAGGGAAGUCAUUGUGCUUCCAAUUACCAGCUAUGUUGCAGGAUAACAAAGUUGCUAUUGUAUUUUCACCUCUCCUAGCUCUAAUUAAAGAUCAAAUAGAUCACUUAACAAGAAUAAAAAUCUGUGCAGAAUCUAUCAACUCAAAAAUGACAGCUAAAGAUAGAGAAAGAGUUUUAAAUGACCUUCGCACCAUGAAACCAAAUACAAAGUUCUUAUAUGUGACACCUGAGCAAGCAGCUACAGAAACAUUUAAAUCAUUAAUAGAGCAUCUAGUCAAGUAUAAGAAAGUAUCAUACAUAAUAGUAGAUGAGGCCCACUGUGUUAGUGAGUGGGGUCAUGACUUCAGACCGGAUUACUUGAAAUUGGGCAGUUUGAGAGAGAAGUACAGGAGCAUUCCAUGGGUAGCUCUGACAGCAACUGCUAGUUCAGAAGUAACUAAAGAUAUACUGGAAAAUCUCAAGUUACUGCAACCAGUUGCUCAAUAUAAAACACCCAGUUUUAGAAGGAAUCUUUUUUAUGACGUUGUAUAUCAAAAUUGUAUACAAGAUGAAAUCGGAGACCUUGUAGAGUUUCUUAAGAAAAAUUUAAAUGAUGACGAAAGUGUUAAGACUAAAGACAAAAGUGCCGCUAUUGUUUACUGUAGAACACGAGAACAAACAGAAGAAAUGUCAAGUCUGUUAACUAAAAGAGGUCUUAAGAGUCUGGCAUACCACGGAGGUUUGAAGGCAGCUGAUCGUGUAUCAGUGCAGGAGCAGUGGUCAAAUGGAGAGUGUGGGUGCGUGUGUGCGACUGUGUCGUUUGGAAUGGGUGUGGACAAGGCAACCGUACGCGCUGUGGUGCACUGGGGGCUGUCACAGAAUGUUGCCGCUUACUAUCAGGAGUCUGGAAGAGCGGGUCGCGACGGCAAGCCGGCGUGCUGUCGGAUUUACUAUUGUCGGAUUGAGCGUAAUGCAGUCGAUUUUCUACUUCGAUCUGAGCUCGCCCGAUCAAAAACCCCAGAGCAGAAGCAACGUUGUAAGAAUGCGUACAAAAGUUUCGAAGUUAUGGUCAAAUAUUGUGAGGAAGUCAAAUGUCGUCACAGGAUAUUCGCAGACUACUUCGGGGAGGAAGCGCCGAAGUGCAUCAGUCGCUGCGACGUGUGCAAGGACGCGCGGGCGGUGCGCCGCGCGCUCGAGCAGCACCAGCGACGAGCCAUGAGCGCCACCAUCGGCCAGGGCGGCUUCGUCACGCACACCGACCCCGCCGACUUGUACGGCGAGGGCAGAGAGGGGCAGGCGAGGGAGGCUCAGGCUUACUGUGGCGACGGUAGUGGAGAGUCUGACGGCGAGGGCGACCGGCGUCGCGUCGCCGACGAAACGAGAUCCCUUAUCAUAAAAGAGUUUGCCAAUAGAAAGAAGAAUCUCGACAAAGAUAAAAACCGGAAUAAUAACUCUGAAUCUGCUAAAUACUCAAAAUGCAAAGCCGCCCAAAGUACAGAAAGCAAGGUUAAUGGUUUGACAUUGACUGGACGUGAAAGCUAUCUGUCAUUACUAACAGAUGCCUUGAGGAACAAUCUCGAAGGUGUCAAAGGUGUCGAUGAACCAGAAAGGAUGUUAUCAAGUCACGACGUUGAAGACUGUGCAGUGGAACUGGAGUACGAGGCCUUCUCGAAAAGUACUGUUAUUAGUUUGUACAGAAGAGCUAUGACGAAACUGAUAUCAUCCGUUAGAGCCUGUAAAGAUAGUUUGUAUUCAGAGCUCAAGACAUUUGAACCGAAAAAACGCGAAACUCUUGCCGAAUUUGUUAAGGAUUUUGAAAUGAAAAAGGAGUCACAAAAAAGCCACGGGUUUAUAACUGCAUCACAAUUAGCAAAUAAUAAUAUGGACAAAAAUAAUGAACAGAAAUCACUCUCUAAAGCUGAUAAGGAAAUCAAACGAAAGGCCAAUUCUUUUAAAAGAGAUCCUUUAACUCAAACCAAGCUUCAAAGCUUUUUCUCAACAAAAUCACAAGGAUCUCCAGCUCCUAUUUCAGAUGAUAGUGAAGACGAAGGAGGACUUAUUAUAGAUGAAAACAUCAGGCCUAAUCACAGUGAUUCGACCUUAAAGUUAGAAGAAACAGACACUUCCAUUAAUGAAAUGGAUAAUGACAAAACAAUGAAAAUUGAUGAAAUUAUGGAAAGCGACGACGAAUUCAAUGUUGGAAAACGAACGUUUGUUAUAAAUAUAACGUUACAAGGUAUACCAAAUAAAAAUAAAGAUGACAAAAGCGAUGGUAAAGAGACUGUGUCAAUAAAUAAUAGUGGACUUAAAAUGGAGGUUCCUUGCGAAAUAACAAAACCUACAGCUAAAAGAAAAAUUAAAGCUCUGUUUGGUGAAUCGUCUGACAGUGAAAUAGAAUCUGAGGACAUCAAAAGAUUUAAACUCUCUCGUGAUACAAAUGUAAGUGAAAAACAAUCACCAGAAAAGAAAUCUGAUAAAUCGAGUUCUAAAAAAUCUAAAAAGAGGCACAGGGAUAGGAAAUCUUCACAUUCUGAUACAGAUCACGAAAAAGUUGUUAAAAAACACAAGGAUAAAACAACUUCGCCAUCUGAUACAGAUCGUGAAAAAACAAUUUCGAAACACAGGGAUACAAAGUAUUCGCAAUCUGAUACUGACCGUGAAAAGGUACUUUCAAAAGAUAAGGAUAGAAAAUCUUCGCUAUCUGAUACCUAUCGCGAAAAAACAGUUUCAAAACAUAGGGAUAGAAAAUCUUCACAAUCUGAUACCAAUCGUGAAAGAACAGUUUCAAAAGAUAAGGAUAGAAAAUUGUCGCAAUCGGAUACAGAUCACGAAAGAACAGUUUCAAGAGAUAGGGAUAGAAAAUUGUCGCAAUCUGAUACUGGUCGUGAUAGAACAGUUUCAAAAAAUAAGGAUAGAAAAUCGUCGCAAUCUGAUACUGAUCGUGAAAGAACAGUUUCAAAAGAUAAAGAUAGAAAAUCGUUGCAAUCUGAUACAGAUCGUGAAAGAACAGUUUCAAAAGAUAAAGAUAGAAAAUCAUUGCAAUCUGAUACAGAUCGUGAAAGAACAGUUUCAAAAGAUAAAGAUAGAAAAUCGUUGCAAUCUGAUACAGAUCGUGAAAACUUAGUCACAAAACACAAGCGUAAUAAAUCACAAUUAGAUAUAGAUCGAGAACAUUCUUUAACUAAGCAUAAGGACAGAAAGUCUUCACAAUCUGAUGCAGAAUUUGAAAAGGUGAAUACAAAACAUAAACACAGGAAGUCUGCACAUUCUAAUAAAGAGCGAGAAAAGCCGUCUUCAAAAUGUAACGACAGUAAACCAGCAGAAAACGAGACUAGUCGAGAAAAAAUAGUUGUAGAGCCUGAAGAUAGUAAAUGUUUACAAUCCGACAGUAAAUUGACAAUAGGUGAUACUUGCACAGACUUACAAAUAAAUAAUGAUGAAGGUGAUGAUACUCUUAUAAUAAGCAACACAUCUGUUGACGAAGUUCUAUGUAAUGAUAACAAAGAAACCUUUUUGGAGGAUUGUGACCAGAAAAAAAGUAAUAACUCAAAUGAUUCUAUUGAAUCAUCAAGCAACGAUAGUAAAUUGAAUGGUCUCGAGCAUACUGCUAAACCACUAGAUAAAGCGUACCAACUUAGCUUAGAGGCAGAUAAGGUAUUGCAGGUGCUCAAACAGUUUUCGGAAACAAAAUCUGAAUCAGUUGUAGAAAAUUUAAACAUCAAAGAAACAAUAAAUGAGCCUAAAGAUUCUAUUGUAACUUUAAAAUCGCCCACUAAGCAUGGCACAGAUAACGAAAAAGAUGAUCUAACUUUCAGUACAAAAUCUUCUGACGAGCACAAGUUCAACAAAGACAAAAGGAAAGAAAAUUUAAAUAAUAAAGAAAAAAUAAAAGUAGAAAUAGAGCUUUCCAAAAAGAAAGAAACUAGAAAAGAUAAAAGUGAACUUCCAGCUAAUAAGGAAAAAAGAAAAGAAAGAACGCAAAGUAGCAAAGAAAAAAGAAAAGAUGAGAAAGAUUUAACAAAGAAUAAGGAAAAGAAAACAGAAAAGCUUGAUGUUGCUGGAUUAGUAGUUAAGUUAUUAAUGCCUUAUUAUAAGAAAAAAAAGAUAAACAGUCGGGAAUUAUUUAAGAUUACUGCAAGACAUAUAGUUCACCAACUACUUGCUAUACAAGUUACAGAAGAAGCAGCAAUAAACAUGUUACUGAAGAAAGCUUUUAGCAGCAAAGAACUAAUAAUUGAAAACGAAAGUGACCUAGAAACAAAGUUAAUUUUAAGCAGUGAUAUGAAAUAAUUUAUUGUAUUUAUUGUUAGACACUGAUGUGCAUGAUUUUAACAAUUAUUAUUAUUAUUCUUGUACGCUGUCCAAUCAAAAUCAUUAUUUUCACAGUUAUUUAUUACAGAGUAUGAGUUUA